UCAGUGUGGUGCCGACGCUGCGUGCGGCGCGGGUUACCCAGAGUGCUCCGCGCGGGGGCUGCUCACUGGAGUUUGGUUCUCGAAGCGGCGGCAGCAGCGGCGACGGCUCCGGCGGCUCCUCCUCCUCCUCUGGUGGCGGCGGCGCCCCGGGCCUGAGCCCCGGCCCCGGCUCCCCUCUCCGCCACCCCGCGCGCCCCCACUUCCCCCGGUGCCGCGGGGAACAUGAGGCUCCGCUCCCGGAGGCCGGCGAGUGAGUGACCCCCGUCCGCCGCCUCAGCCCGCCCGCCCGCUGGCCCGGCCGCUCCCCCCCGCCUCGCCCAGGCAAUGACAGCGGCUCCGCCGUCUCCGCAGCAGAUCAGGGACCGGCUGCUGCAGGCCAUCGACCCCCAGAGCAACAUCCGGAACAUGGUGGCGGUGCAGGAAGUCAUCUCCAGCCUGGAGAAAUACCCCAUUACCAAAGAGGCACUGGAGGAAACCCGACUUGGGAAGCUCAUCAACGACGUCCGCAAGAAGACGAAGAACGAGGAGCUCGCCAAGCGGGCCAAGAAGCUGCUGCGGAGCUGGCAGAAGCUCAUCGAGCCCGUGCACCAGAAUGAGGCUGCACUGCGGGGGCUGGCGGGUGCCCCCGGCUCGGCCAACGGGGGCGCCCAUAACUGCCGGCCAGAGGCAGGGGCGGGCGGCCCGCCCAAGAGCAUCCAUGACCUGAAGAACCGCAAUGACAUCCAGAGGCUGCCCGGGCAGCGGCUGGACAGGCUGGGCAGCCGCAAGCGCCGGGGGGACCAGCGCGACCUCGGUCACCCUGGGCCACCUCCCAGGGUCUCCAAAGUGAGCCACGACUCCCUGGUAGCCAACUCGUCCCCCCUUCCCACCAAUGGGAUCAGUGGGAGCCCUGAGAGCUUCCCCGGCCCCCUGGACAGCAGCGGGCACGUGGGCCCCGAGGGCAGCCGCCUGGAGCACAGCGAGAAUGACAAGCACAGUGGCAAGAUCCCCGUCAAUGCCGUGAGGCCACACACCAGCUCCCCGGGUCUGGGCAAGCCCCCCAGGCCCUGCCUGCAGACGAAGGCUGUGGUGCUGCAGCAGCUGGACAGGGUGGACGAGACUCCAGGUCCCCCCCACCCCAAGGGGCCGCCUCGCUGCUCUUUCAGUCCCCGGAACUCACGGCACGAGGGCUCCUUUGCCCGGCAGCGGAGCCCGUACACAUACAAGGGCUCCAUGCCCAGUCCCUCGCCUCGGCCCCAGUCACUUGAUGCCACACAGGUGCCGUCACCGCUUCCGCUGGCCCAGCCGUCCACGCCCCCCGUGCGGCGGCUCGAGCUGCUGCCCAGCGCAGAAAGCCCGGUGCGCUGGCUGGAGCAGCCUGAGGGCCACCAGCGGCUCGCGGGGUCGGGCUGCAAGGCAGGGCUGCCACCGGCCGAGCCCCUCCUGCCCCGGGCAGGCUUCUCCCCGGACUCCUCCAAGGCAGACAGCGAUGCUGCCUCCUCCGGUGGCUCGGACAGCAAAAAGAAGAAGAGGUACCGGCCUCGUGACUACACGGUUAACUUGGACGGGCAGGUGGCCGAGGCAGGUGUCAAGCCUGUCCGGUUAAAAGAGCGGAAGCUCACCUUUGACCCCAUGACGAGACAGAUCAAACCUCUGACCCAGAAAGAGCCAGUGCGGGCCGACAGCCCUGUGCACACGGAGCAGCCGAGGACAGAGCUGGACAAGCCCGAGGCCAAGGCCAGCCUCCAGAGCCCUUUUGAACAGACGAACUGGAAGGAGCUGUCGCGCAACGAGAUCAUCCAGUCCUACCUGAGCCAGCAGAGCAGCCUGCUCUCGUCGUCGGGUGCACAGACCCCGGGCGCUCACCACUUCAUGUCCGAGUACCUGAAGCAGGAGGAGAGCACUCGGCGCGGGGCCCGGAAGCCGCACGUGCUGGUGCCUCACAGCCCACCCACGGACCUCCCAGGGCUAAGCCGUGAGGUCACGCAGGACGAUCUGGACAGGAUCCAGGCCCAUCAGUGGCCGGGGGUGAACGGGUGUCAUGACACACAGGGUAACUGGUAUGACUGGACGCAGUGCAUAUCGCUCGACCCGCACGGCGACGACGGGCGGUUGAACAUUCUGCCUUAUGUCUGCUUGGACUGACUGGCCUGUCGGGCUCUAAGUGCAUUCCCACCUUGCAGUCAGCCAUAGAGCCCGGCGCCUCCAGUGGUUGGGAAUCCGGAGGGUGGGGGGAGGUCCGGCCUGGGGUGGGAGGGAGAGGGAACGAGAGUCUCUAGGUCUCUCUGUGCUCUUCCCUCAAAAUUCUCCUUCUUUUGUGAAAUGCUGCUACCAGUUUACUAACAAAAUUGCAAAGGAAGGACCGCGUGGAAGGAAGGCCAGCAAAGUGAGUUCAGAACUCUAUAGCAAACUAGCUAUAAAAAGCGUUAGCCCCCCACCCCGGAAGAGGUGUGGACGCUUCCCAGCCCCCGGUGAGCUGGGACCUCAGUUGCAGGCAGGCACAGAAAACCUGUGGAAGAGGUUACCUUUAACACAGCAACAGAAGCACGCAUCUCAUCUCUGCAUUUUCUGUUUUUUAACAUGGCCCUGAGUGUUUGAGGCAGUGGGCAACGCUGUGGCCUCUGUUUGCACCCCACCUGGCCAGCUUUUCCAUCAUGGUGCCAGAAGCUUCUCAGCUGUAGCGAGCUGCUGGCAUCAGGCAGGCCAGCUUGCCAGCCAGUUUGACCCAUGCUCCCUGGGCGUCCACACAUUUGUAUCUGGUUUCAGUUACAACCCAAUUUUUAAAGAAAUGCUGCAAAAAUUUAAGUUUUCUGGAGUUUAUUUUACCCCCCUCUUCCAUCUGACCAUCAAACGAAUAACGUUCCUUGUUCCUCCCUCUUCAUUUUCCCCUUCCUGCACAUAUCUAGAAAAGUUCACCUUUCUAGAGUCUCCUCCCCAGAAAACACAAAAGUAACCGUGGGUGCUACUGGUGUGUAAGCUGUACUGUUGGGUGAGAAGAGACCUGUCUGUACGCUGGAAACACUCAUAACCAUUCCUUUAGAUUCGUUUGCCUUAUGGUUAUUUGUCAUAAACGCGAUUUGCAAAAACAAGGAGCCUUAGUGAAUGUACAGUACCUAGACUUCUGUGUUCUCAGGACGCAGAAGGGAGCAACUUUGCUAUUUGGUCCAGUAAAUGGACACCUUGUGAUAUAAAUGUGGAAAUAAAAAAAAAAAAACAUUUGCACAAA